AUGCCAUCCCAAUACAUUCUUGCAUCUCAAAUUACUCCUCUGCACACUAGGAGAGCAGUUAGAGUUCACCUUGUGCGAACAUAUGAAGUUCCUGAAUUGCGAGGUGGGAUUACAAGCAAAAGCAAAGAAUGCUUAUUCCAUGACGAAGAGGGUACAUACAUACAUGCAACGAUUCCUAAGGAAGAUGUUUUCAAGUAUCGCAGUUUAUUGAUUGAAGGCAAAGUGUACUCAGUUAAGAAUUUCUUAGUGGUUACAAACUACUAUACCUACAAGACAUCUCACCACAAAUAUAUCAUCAAGUUCAAUUAUAAAACAUCUGUCAAGGAAAACACACAGGAUAAACAUCUCAAGUGUACCAUAUGGGAUGAUCACGUUGCAGCCAUGGUCCCAUUUUUUAAUUCAAUUCAAGAAGAGCCCCUUAUUGUUUUGAUUCAAAUGUGUAGGGCAAAAGUUGUCAAUGCUGGCUGCAAUAAAAAACUCAAGUCAGAUGAUAAGGGAUUGCUUUUUUGUGAAAAGUGUAAACGCAAGUGGCAGAAGGGUGUAGUUAGGUACAAGGUGGUAGUUAGGGUGGCUGAUGCACAUAGUGAUGCUCCCUUCCUUAUGUGGGACAGGGAGUGUUCUGAAUUACUUGGUAUGCCAGCAGCUGAACUGAUAGGAAAUUAUAAUGAGGAAAAGGAUGAAGUUCCCACUGAAUUGGAAACAAUGAUUGGAAAGGCAAUGGUCUUCAAAGUUAAUAUUAAAAAAGAGAACAAGCACAUAUAUGGUUCUGCUUUUACUGUUAUGAGGGUCCUACGUGAUGAUAGCAUUGUUACUGCUUACUGUUCAUCACUUGCUCCUGAUCAAGAAAGGGACCUUAUAUCAAAAAUGAUUGAAGAAUGUUCAGAUGAUGAUUCAGAUAUGGAAGCAUCUCAAGGGGAUGAAGUCAACAGUCCUAAUACUGCCUGUAAAGAGAUUCAACAGGAAGGAGACAAUCAAUUCAGUCCUUUAACUAAACGUUGCCUACUGGACCAGUUUUCUUCUACACACAACUUGAAGAAAGGAAAACUUGACUCUAUUAAGAAGGAAAAAAUCAAUUAG